AUGUCGCGCGCGCCGAGUGCUCUGGACGAGGCGCAAGCUGCUGCCCUCCGCGCCGUCGGCUCUGAUUCCUCGCCGCAUGCUGCGUCACGCUCAUCUGCUGGCGGGAACGGCUCUUCUGCGCCUCUACCCGAGGGCUCGGCGUCUUCUCUCGAGGGCUCGGCGCGUCUGUGGCUGCUCAAGCGCCCGGCGUUCCUGGCGCGUCUCCGUCGCCAACUCCCGUUGCAGCUGGUGCUGGCGCGGCGUCGGGUGAGCGCCAGGGCUCGGUCGAGGUCGAUGCUGCCCGUGUUCCUGUCGACUCCGGUCUCUCCGAGCCUUCGAUGUCGAGCCCUCGUGAGCGGUCGUCACCAACUCCCACGAAGCCGGUGGAAGGUUGACGUGGGGGUGUCGGCUCGCUCAGAGGAAGGUGCUCCAUCUUCUCCUCCUCAACCUCCGUCGAGUGUGCGGUCCGAUGACUCGGUCGACCCUGUGUCUGGUCCAACACAGUUUUGCCGAUCAACUUACACGGAUGCCCACGAGCCCGCUUCGCCCGAGCCCUCGUCGUCGGCACCUGGUGACGCCCCUGAGUCCUCGCCUUGCGCGCCGAUCCCUUGGUCGCUUGAGGUAGCACUCGAGGACCUGAUCGAAGCAAAAGUCGCUCGCACCGUGCGCUGCUCCGAGUCUCGGUUGGAGGAUCAUCUGGACCAACGGUUGGCAGACCUCGACCAGCUCAUGAUCGGCCUCGUCCGGUUCCCGCCGCUGCGAGUCGACUACGACCUCGACCAGCGUUUGGCUGAUGCCCGAAAGGUUGAAGCCCUACGCCAGGAGGUCCGUCGUCUCGAGGUAGCCGCGGCUCGUAGUGAGCGCAGGCUCAACAGCGAGAACGACAUCCGUCUCCGCACGGAGCGGCUGUGUACCCAGGCGUCGGCUGAGCGAGGGCAGUUGGCUGCGGUUGCCCAGGCUCUUCGCGAUGAGCGCGACUCCAUUAGCCGGCAACUCGCUACGGCGAACCGAGCUCUCGCUCAGAGCGUUGAGCGUGCGCACUGGGUGUCUCCGGCGGCAGUAGAGCGAUGGCUCGACCGUCUGUGUCGAAGACUCGGAGAGGAUUCCGAAGAGUAUCUAGCCAUCCAGGAGGCGUGGCUCAAGUACUCGGCUGAGCGCAACGCUCGGUCCGAUCGCCUCCGCAUUAAGAUCAAGCGCUGGUGGGCCCAACUGCUGCCCGAUGCGGAUGGGAAAUUCGGCUACACUCCCGAGGUAUUAUUCGAGCCCUCGGUCCUGCACUACUCCCUCGAAACGCUCUCGUGGCUUCCGUCUUCGGCAGAUUGGGUUGAGGCAGUCGUUGAAGCUGAUGGCCACGAGCCUUGGCGUAACUGCUGGAUUGCCGUGUCGAGCAUGCACCCCUACAACACCAACCCGAUGCUCGACCGAAGCGAGGUCUCGGCUCCGUGGGUCCGGGAGUACACCCACUACUACGGCAUUCCUGCUCCUGCUGAGGAGCUUCCCGAUGAAAGCUCGGUUCAAGCAGCUCCAGAAGGGCGAGAGGUAGCGGGGAAUGACCCACGGCCGGAUGACUCUCCAAACGGGGCGCCGACUCUUCGUUCGCCCGAGCGCUCGGACGAUGCUGCUUCUCCCGAGUCGAGCCUCGUUCCGAUGCCUCCGACUGGAUCAGACGAGCCCGUCCUCAGCUCCGGCGAUGAGGACAACCAGAUCGAGGGCUCGGUUGAGAAGCUGACACCUCCGCCGCUGGCUCUGGCCACCUCCAAGUGCUCGCUCACGCCGCUUCCGCGUCGAAGCCUGUUUCUCAGUCUGUAG